GUUCUCAUUCCACUCUCCAACGCGCACCGGGCGGUUUUUCGUUCCUUUCUUUUUUUUUCCCCUCUUCCCCUUCCCCUUCUCCUUCCAGCGGCGCUCAGGCCACCGCCGGCCAAUCCCAUCACCCGCCGGAUAGGGAUCGACCCGUUCGUUGAUUGGCGCGCGCCUGCGAUCGAUCGAUUGGAUUGCAGGGUUAGGGCGGCCGCCGUCGAGAUAGAUCGAUCCAUCCAUCGAUCGAAUUGGUUUUGUUGGUGGAUCGGAGAUAUUCAUUCGGGUCCAUGGGUCGGCUGCUGCUGGUGAGCCUCCCGGCGACGGGCGCCGUCAUCUACCGCUGCAAGCACUGCGACACCCACCUCGCCUACGACACCGACAUCAUCGCAAGGACGUUCCGCUGCAAGAACGGCAAGGCCUACCUCUUCAACAGGAUCGUGAAUGUGAAUGUUGGUACGAAGGAGGAGGACCGGAUGAUGACGACGGGCCUGCACACCGUGUGCGACAUCUUCUGCGUCGCCUGCGGAGCCAUACUCGGCUGGAAAUACCUCGUCGCCUUCGACAAGAGCCAGAGGUACAAGGAAGGCAAGUUCAUCCUCGACAGGUCCACCGCCUUGGCAGCCGCUCCUGGUGAUGCCGCUGCUGACCACCACCACCACCACGCUCGCGUAGCAAGCUCCGAUGACGAAGAUGACCAUAUGUGAAUGAUGAUGAUGAUGAAUGUCAUCUGCAUUGCAUUCACCAUAAUCCCUUGCUAUCUGUAAAUACUCUACUCCGCUUGUUGUAGUCGUUCGUCGUAAAGCACCUAUAUGUUUCCAUUUGUUCAACCUAUCAGACUAUGAUAUGAUCAGCAAGUAAGGUCCAUUUGUUUGGA